GAGGCCGGUACUUCCGCUUCCGGUUCCGCUCGCGCCGUCAUGGCGGCGCCCAGGGAGGCGCCGGAGCGGCGGCCCUUCGGCAGGCGCUUCCUCACCGAUCCUGCCCGCCUCUUCCAGCACAACGCCUGGGAUAAUGUGGAAUGGUCGGAAGAGCAGGAAGCAAAUGCCAGGAGUAAAGUUCAAGAGAACAGCUCACAGCUAUUGCCACAAGAUAAACAAGAGGAAUAUGAGGUGAAUGCUAAGAGGUACUGGGAUGACUUUUAUAAAAUCCAUGAAAAUGGCUUCUUCAAGGACAGGCACUGGCUCUUCACUGAAUUUCCUGAGCUGGCACCUAGCAGGAACCCAAAUCAAAAUGGGGAUUCUGUGCAUGAAUUUAGUAACAAAGAAGAAUCCGACAACGAAGGGCUGGGAAGCUGUGAAAAGGGACAUUGUUCAUUGGAAACCAGGGCAGAGAAUCAGUUAAACCUGAUAAAAAGCACACCUAAGAUCUGCACAGAAGAGUUGGCUACACAGAAGUAUAGUGAGCUGAAUCAAAGUGAUGGAGAUUACCCAGGAUCAUCUGCAUCUUACCGUAUAUUAGAGGUUGGCUGUGGUGCUGGAAAUACAGUCUUCCCAAUUUUACAAACCAACAAUGACCCAGGCCUUUUUGUUUAUUGCUGUGAUUUUUCUACAACAGCUGUGGAUCUUGUCCAGAACAAUGCAGAAUACGAUUCUUCUCGCUGCUUUGCGUUCGUCCAUGACCUGUGCAAUGACCAAAGUCCUUUCCCAAUGCCAAAUGAGAGUCUUGACGUUGUUAUUCUUAUCUUUGUCCUCUCAGCAAUUCUCCCAGAGAAGAUGCAGUGCAUCGUUAACAGACUGAGUCGCCUUCUGAAACCAGGAGGAAUGAUUUUGUUACGAGAUUAUGGCCGUUAUGAUCUGGCCCAGCUUCGGUUUAAGAAAGGUCAAUGUCUGUCUGAUAACUUCUAUGUGCGAGGUGAUGGCACCAGAGUCUACUUCUUCACACAAGGUGAAUUAGACGAUCUCUUCACGGCAGCUGGGCUGGAGAAAAUCCAGAAUCUGGUUGAUCGGCGAUUGCAAGUGAACCGUGGGAAACAAAUGACGAUGUAUCGAGUAUGGAUCCAGUGCAAAUACCGCAAGCCUGCCACCCCUCAGCUCUGAGGAAAUGGCAUGCUUUUAGGUUGGAGCCUCUCCAUGGCCAUGAGUGUCUCCUCCUGGUGAGAUGUGGUUUUAUGGAGUUCAGCGCACGCAGGAUGUCAGUGCCUUUUACAGUGCCUAGCAUCACUUCAAAGGAGUUUUGCUAAGGAUGAAUGCUCUAAGAGGAGACUAAGCAGUAUUUUAGAUGUCUUGCUACUGGUCUGAGUUUUUUAGAUUAUUUGUGAUUUUAACAACUUAAGAAAUGGUUAAGCUGUCGUACAGCAGCUGAGCAAGUUGAGUAGCGAGUCACUUUUACUCUGGACUUCCACAUGAAACUGAAGGAGAGCUUUGACCUUACCUCUGUGUUGUGUACUCUUGUUUGGGAACAAAAAUCAUACAUCUUCUCUGCAACUGGUCACUAGGUCUAACAUGAGUCCUUUAGCCAGCUUAUCUCAUGCAGCUCUUUUCUAGUCGUUCAGGUUUGUGCAAAUCCACAAGUUCAAAUACAUCGAUCAAGGGCAGGAGCUGAGAGCACGCUAGUUUCUCUCUGCCAGCAUCCCUAUGGAUGCCUCAUGGUGAGCAGAUGUUCGGUGGAGAAAGCGGAUCAUGCUGCCUUGCCCUCACUGUCCACAAGGAAGUUCAUCUAGGGAGCUAGCACACUAUAGCUCGGGUGCUAUACAUUCAUAUUAGGCAGAGUUCAGGUUUUCAAAGAUUUGGGGCUGAUGCCAGUUUUGGGGCACCUCCAGAGUGCGGAGUACCAUAAGCAGCUCCUGGGACCAGGGUUUACACAGAAUUACCUGCUUUUUCUGCUUGAACAGUGAGAAACUGUGCUUGCUGGCUGCAGCCCGCGGGUCACGAACUGUGCUGCCCUGUCACGGUGGCGUGCUAAACUCAAGUAGACAAGACACCUGUCUUCGGUAAGAAAUCUGAAGCAUGUCUACCACUCUUGUUUAAUUUCUUAGAGGAAGCCAACCUUGUGGCUUUCUGAAGGUAUUUCCCCACCUUUGACAGCAAAUACCUUUUAUCUCAGCUUGUUUUCUUUUGUUAUUUUUAGGGUGUGGUACAACAGGUAUUAGAAUAAAUUUUGUGGUAAUGCUUUUCA